CGCGGCGCGGGGGAGAGCGGUUGGUCUCCUCUGACGUUCUCGAGGCAGUUGGAGGCGGGGCUGUGACCCGCUGGCAGCUCUGAGCGAGUCGGGCGGCCGGAACGAAAGAGCGCCCGAGCGCCAUGAUUCCUCUGGAGAGGCCGGGCAGCGGCGGUUCUUCCCCGGCCGCCGUCCCCGGCUCGGGUCGCGUCGGCCGGGGUCUGAGCACACCGCGCCGGCUGCCGCCCCCGCCCCGCGGGCUGCUGACGGAGAUCCGCAGCGCCGUGUGCACCGAGCCCUUCCAGGACGCCUACAGCCUGAGCCCGGGCCGGGAGCUGGGCAGGGGGAAAUUUGCAGUGGUGAGGAAAUGUAUAAAGAAAGAUUCUGGAAAAGAAUUUGCAGCAAAGUUCAUGAGAAAAAGAAGAAAAGGCCAAGAUUGUCGGACAGAAAUAAUUCAUGAAAUUGCUGUUCUUGAACUAGCACAGGACGAUCCUUGGGUCAUUAAUUUACACGAAGUCUAUGAGACGCCAUCGGAAAUGAUCCUAGUUCUGGAAUAUGCUGCUGGGGGUGAAAUCUUUGACCAGUGUGUUGCAGACAGAGAAGAAGCCUUUAAGGAAAAAGAUGUUCAGAGACUCAUGAGGCAGAUUUUAGAAGGUGUUCGCUUUUUACACGCUCAUGAUGUAGUUCAUCUUGAUUUGAAGCCCCAGAAUAUUCUGCUGACAAGUGACUCUCCGCUGGGUGACAUUAAGAUAGUUGAUUUUGGUCUUUCAAGAGUAAUGAAGAACAGCGAAGAGCUCCGCGAGAUUAUGGGCACUCCUGAAUAUGUGGCUCCUGAAAUUCUUAGUUAUGAUCCUAUCAGCAUGGCAACGGAUAUGUGGAGCAUUGGAGUGUUGGCAUAUGUCAUGCUGACGGGAGUAUCGCCUUUCUUAGGCGAUAAUAAACAAGAAACGUUCCUCAACAUCUCACAGAUGAAUUUGAGUUAUUCUGAGGAAGAAUUUGAUGUUGUGUCUGAGUCAGCUGUUGACUUCAUCAAGACACUUUUAGUUAAGAAACCUGAAGAUCGCGCCACUGCUGAGGAAUGUCUGAAACAUCCAUGGCUAAUGCAGAGCAGUGUUCAGGAACCUUCUCUCAAGGUGAAAGGGGCAUUAGAAGAGGCACAGGCCCUCCAGGAAGGCGAUUCUGUGCCUGAAAGUAAUUCAGAUACCCAGAAGCCGGAAACCGAGGAAUCCGUCAUCACAGAGGAGUUGAUUGUAGUUACUUCCUAUACUUUAGGACAAUGCAGACAGUCUGAAAAAGAGAAAAUGGAGCAAAAGGCCAUUUCCAAACGAUUUAAAUUUGAGGAACCUUUGCUGCAAGACAUUCCGGGAGAUUUUAUCUACUGAGCAGUAUAUCCCUUUAGAACUUUAAGAUUUCUACAUUGGAAACAUUAUUUAUGGACUUCUGGCCAAAUGGUACAUGGGCUGAAAGUUGGAUGACCAGGUGUCAGUGGUAGAAACUAAAAUAACUUUGUCAAACUUGUGGAGUUAGAGAAAUCAAACCAGAUUUAUAAAGUUGCCAACCAGGAGGUUUAACGGGUAAAGUUACCUUUUUCAAAGUUCUUUUUAAGAAGGGAGAUGCUUGAACCUUUUAUUUCUGCAUCCUGUUUCUCCAGAAUGAGAAUUUGUAUGCAAAGAUAUCUGCAGUCACUUUCCUUAAAAAUCCAAGUAAAAGUGCCAAAAUUAACAUCU